GAAUAAAUGUCCUAUAUUCAUAUUGCGCUUAUUGUGCUAUAUUGCAAAUAAUUACAUAAAAAGAGGUAACCUUAGGCUCUUGACUGGUAAAAAUGUGGACACCUGGCCACUGAAACUGACCAUUUGUGUCACGACACGGGUAGGGACUCAAUCGCAGACCACGGCAGAAUUCUCUGUUCAAAAAAGUUUAUUCAAGGUCAGUCCAAAACAGCAGGCCCAGACAAAAUCCAGGGACAAGCAGAGAUCAAGCACGGGUAAAGACAAAGCAGGCCGGCAAACAAUCCAAAAAUCCGUAAGGCGAAAGCGAGGUCGAAAUAAUCGGGCAGAAGUCAUACACGCAAAAACUAUCAUAUAAAACAGGCUGGGAUAACACACAGGAGCAAUCUGAGACGAACUGACAAAUUAAAGUGAGGCAUGCAGUCUUAAAUAGGCAGAGGGUAAUGAGGGAACAAGGAACAGGUAAGUGGGAUAAGGGGUAACAGGUGGGGGGCGGAGUCCAGAGCACAUGGUGAAGAAAACAAGCCAACCCACAUGUGACAAUACACACUGACAGAUAGGGGGAGACAAAAACACAAAGUCCAUGAGGGAGUACUGACAGUUUGGUGGACAAAAACAAAGACAUCAUAAAUUAUAAUGAGCCAAACCUGCACUGUGUUACGUUUAAGGAAUACAUUAUGAAUGAAAUUAAGUACUUGUGUUCAACAACCUUUAAUGAGCAACAAACUGUCGGUAACAAAAAUCAGCAUACAAAGGGGUCCCCAGGACCUAGUUUGAGAACCAUGGGUCCACCGUACCACAUGGAGCAUUGGGCUACUUUCCUACUCUUCCACUCACUGUACCCCAGUGAUUCCCAACCCAGUUCCUGGAGAUAUGGUGUCCUGUAUGUUUUCACUCCAAACCUAAUAAAGCACACCACACUCAACAGCUAGAGAUCUCAUUGAGUUGAAAAUGAGUAAAAUCAGGUGUGAAAAAUUAGGGUUGAAAUGAAAACCUACAUUACUGUAGAUCUCUAGGCUCUGUAGGGUAUGUGAAUAUUUGAUAUCUUAUCCAUUUGAUAUCUGUGAGCCAGUUAUGUAAAUUUUGCAGCUAGGAGCAGGCAAUGGAUGGACUGAUUAACUGUAUUAUUUCCCAAGUACAUUACAGCUUGAUAUCUGGAAGGAAAGAAAGAACAUUGUCUUAUAUUGUAUUUACAAUGUGUUGUUGUACAACUACACGUUUUAUGAAAAUGGCUAGGAUAGAAGUUCACAUCCAGAUUGGGCGAAAGCAACAAAAAAAAAAAAAAUUUAAUUCUCUGUCAGUUCUCAUGAAUAAUUAAAUCUCUAUCGAUAACCACAAAUAGUCACAAUUUCCUAUAAAACCCAGAUUCAUUAAGGUUUUUUUCAUCAAAAGAAUGUAAAUCAGGAAGACAAUUAUGAAAUUCAAACACUUGACUCUUAUGUUAUAUUGUGAGUCAGGUCCACUGCCCUAAUCUACGCCAUCCCUUUGCUUGCAACCAACCCCCAGAGAGCAUACAUAAAGCGCUUUAGUGUGCAAAGAAUUACCAACUAACUGUAGCAUUUGAGCUUUUAUUUGUCAUGAAGGACAAUGCAGUGACAUGCAAUUAGCAAAUGUAGUAAACUUUUCUAUAUACCACAGAGAGAAUAAGAGGUGAUGAAAGGCAAUUUACGCUUUGUCUGAAGGCCCAAAUUAGGUCAGAACGCCACAAAGGGGUUUAAAAUAAAUUACUACCUUAGUUAUUAAAACAAGCAAGGGUUUUUUUUACACAGUAAAUAAGUACUAUAGUAAAGGUAAGGAACAUCAUAUUUUUUCUUGCACAGCCUUAAAAAGGUCAGCUGACCAAAAAAAAACUGUCAUAAUAACGCAUUCAGUCCUAGUCAGCCUGGAUGUCCAUGCACCACCUGAAGCUCAAUCUGGGGAAGACAAAACUGCUGCCCCUCAUGGCAAAGUGUUCCCUAUGGACUGAUGUGCCAAGUACAGUCGAUGGCUCUGCAGUGUCUCCUAUUCAGCUUAAGAAUAUUGGUGAAGCUCCACAUGACCAGCUGAGCUUCUGUCAACACACUGUGGCAACCACGCACCGAUGCAGACUGGUGCUUCACAAAACCAGGAGAAUAUGGCCCUUUGUCACCCUGGAGGCUACACAGCUACCUGUACAAGCACAUAAUCUCUCAUCUGGACAACUGUAAGGCCUCACUGGCCAGCUAUCAGGCCACUGCAAUAAGAACUCCCAUUUGGUCUUCAACCAGCCUAAAUUCACACACCACUGUUGUACACCCUUCAUUGGCUUCGGGUGGCAGCCUGCUCUCCAUGCAAAUCUCAUACACUGGCAAACUGAAAAUGGUACUGUCUUCCUAUCUUCAGACAAGACAGGGUAAUGCAGUGGUUCCCAAAAUUUUGUGGUCAGGACUCCCCUUUGGUAAUAGUAUUUUUUUCCAAGAAAUCACAUGCAAAGUCAGUUUAAGUGUCACUAAUCCGCUGACACAACCCAGUUUAAUUUUCAUAGCAAGCAUUACAGGGUCACACUAUGUUUCUAACUAACAUUGAGGCUGUUCAGCCAGCUAGAAGGGGAUUGUUGGACGGCAGCCAUGAUAAGGCAGUGGCACCUUUUAUGCACCUUAUGUGAACCCACUAGUUCACUGUAUGCCAGCGAAACCCCGCCCCAAGGCUUCGGGUGAAAGGAACAACAUACAGUACAGUGCGUCUACAGAGGGCAGAGGUUGCAUCAGAUAACAGUAAUAGACCUCCGACGUUACCUACUGUUUGUAAACUAGCGGACAGUUAGUUUUCAGAAAAUGCAUUUUUUAAGCCUCCUGGCGAACAAUGUCAUCGGCCUCUUGCUGGGUCUCAUAGUUCUGGUGUUAUUUUGGAAGAAUAUGGGGAAAAAAAGCAACACAACAAGACUUCCGCCGGGUCCAUCACCAGUCCCUAUCCUAGGAAAUAUUUUUCAGGUGGAUUUAAAACAACCGUAUAAGUCCUACUUAAUGCUCAGUAAGAAGUAUGGCUCAGUCUUCACUGUGUGGCUUGGCCCCAAACCAGUGGUUGUGUUGCCUAGGUUUGAGACCCUUAAGGAAGCUCUUCUGAACCAGGGGGAAGAGUUCAGUGGCCGGGCCAGUUACCCGAUACUCCUUGAAAUCACCAAAGGUUUUGGGGUGCUGGCGAGCAGUGGUGACCGUUGGAGGGAUCUACGGAGGUUCUCCAUCAUGACCCUGAAGAACUUUGGAAUGGGGCGGAGGAGUAUUGAAGAAAGGGUACAAGAGGAGGCCGGGUUUUUGAUCAAAGCCUUCAGUGAACAUGGAGAUUCUGUCUUCAACCCUAACAACCUCUUGUGUAAUGCUGUGUCCAAUGUGAUCUGCUCCAUUGUCUUUGGCCAGAGGUUUGAAUACAGUGACCCGCAGUUCAAGUUCCUCCAACAGGGCCUUGAUGGCUAUUUUAAUUUUCUCAGCAGCUCCAAAGGCCAGCUCUUCAACGUGUUUCCCAAACUAGGGAGGUGCCUGCCUGGGCCUCACCACCAGAUCUUUAAACACAUGGAGAAUAUUAGAGAGUACUUAAAACAGGAAGCUCAGCGACGCAUGAAAAGCCUCAACAUCGACUCACCUCAGGACUUCAUUGAAGCGUUUCUGGUUCAAAUGCUGGAGGGAGACAAGCCUGGCAGUGAGUUCCACUUUGACAACCUAGUGGGUACAAUUUGGAGCUUUUUUGCUGCAGGAACAGAAACCACCACCGCCGCACUGAGGCAGGCCUUACUGCUAAUGAUGAAGUACCCUCACGUCCAAGAACGGGUUCAGAAGGAGAUUGAUCAGGUGGUGGGCUCCAUCAGAACCCCCUCGCUGCAGGACAGACAGAAUAUGCCCUACACUGAUGCCGUCAUUCAUGAGGUCCAGCGGUCUAUGGACCUCGCCCCUACUUCUGUUCCGCACAAAAUGAUGAGCGACACAGAAUUCAAGGGCUACUGCAUUCCUCAGGGUACAAUGGUAUUACCUCUACUGUCGUCUGUUCUGUCCGACCCAAAACUUUGGAAAAACCCUGAUGUGUUUGACCCAGAAAAUUUCCUGAAUGAGAAUGGGAGCUUCAAGAAGAAUGAUGGGUUCCUGGCAUUUGGACUAGGGAAACGAUCCUGCGUGGGGGAGGGACUGGCAAAGGUGGUGCUCUUCCUCUACUUCUCGACCCUCCUCCAACGGUUCACCUUCACAGCAACACAGCCCCCGGAAGAGCUCGACAUCAACCCUGACUGCCGUAGCUUUAUAAAAUUGCCACUCUUUUACACCUGCUACGCCAAACUCAGAGAAUAAGUGCAAUGCCCACAACAUGACCAUUCAUUAAAAUUUAAAGUGACCUUUCUCCAUAGCCCAAUCCAUUUAUGUAUCUAUAAUAUAUAAUCUGUCAAGGGGUGUAGUAAGUGCUGGAACAGCAAAUAAGAUCAAGAUCACUGGCAAAACACAACUGAAAUACACAUGGCCAUCUACAGGGGUACGCAGAGCUUGAAGAUACAAUAGCAUUGGCAUAUUGAACCACUGAGAUUGCUGCAAUAUGCGUGUUGUAGUAUUCUCAAAUGUCUUGCAAUCUUGUUUAGCAGUCUAAAUUUCAAAAUGUUCCAAUACCGUAGUUAUCAGUAGUUAUGUUCUUGUAUUGUUGCUCUGUUAAUCUGAAGCAAACGUAUGAUCAUUCAAAAACUCAGAUGGGAGUCUAAAAUCAUUUUGACAGCCCAACAACCGUCAAGCAGAUGGAAAUUAAAUGCACUGUUAGAUUGUACGACAUAGCCUACUAAUGUUACAAGUUGUAAUGAGAUUUGAAGAGAUUUUCUUAGUGACCAUAUAUACUAUGUAUACACUUGUUAUAUUUGGAAUAUGCUUAGAUUGUAUCUUAAAGCUUUUUCACAUGCGGUAAUUGCUUUCUUUACUAAUGACCUUGUUGUUAUAUAUUCGCUAUGCAGUAUCUUUUCACGAGUUGCACAAGUGAUUGUUAAAUAAAAAAGAAAGUACAUUUUCAUUAUGGUUAAAACACUAUACAAUGAAUAUCUGAUCCAUUAUAUGGGAUAAUAUCAAAUUUAAGAUGCAUUUUAUCAAUAUUUUGUUAUUAAUAGACGUUCCCCUGUAGGUGUAGGAAAACUUUGAGACUCCCCAUGAUUGAGAUGAUAUCACAUGAUGUUAAAGUUAGGGUAUUCCCAUCAAUGUUGAUCAAACUGUUUCCUCCAACCCCCGAUGCUUCAUGAUAAAAAUAUAUCACAUGUAUAACUAUACACUCAUAUAAUCAACAUGUAAUCCAAUAAACCUAUAUCAGUAGUUGCAGCUAAGCUUAUGGAAACGCAAGAAACCACAGUAUCCACAAAAAAAGCAAACGCAGAAGGCUUAAAAAAACCACAUUUACUCACAGAAAACACUAACCAAAUACUAAUCAUACACUAGCGCCAAAAAACUUCAGCAGAUAACACUAACCAAAAACUAAUCAUACACUACUGCCAAGAUACAGCAGAGAACAUUAAUCCAAAACUAACAGAACGCUAUUGCCAAAUAAAAGUGCUAGAAGACUAAUAUUUUUACAGUGACCCUUAUGUAAACUACAAAUGGCAAAUUACAGGAGGCUAUAAACUCUGUAACUUGUAUGCUUAAAGUAAAAUUACAGAAUAAAGACUAAUAUUUGUUUAAGGGAAAGUUGGGGUAACAUUCCACAAUAACGUUAUCAUCUAAGAACAGAAAAUCAUUGUGGUGCCAAGAAGGUCAGGCCGACCCAAGAGCAGGAAAUUAAAAUCAUUGUGGUGCCAAGAAGGACAGAUGGCUGGUAUUUUAAGAAAUGUGUUAAGGGGAGUUGUGGGGUACAUUUGUGUAUAAAAUGAAUGUAAAACUGACAAUCGAGGUUCAAUUCGGCUGAAUUGAUCCGGCUUUGUGCACCUGUGCAAAUAAAGUCUAACUUUUCUGAAGA